AUGCCUAGCUCUACAUCAUCAGAGAAACGAAUCGGCCUCCUAGAUGACGAUGAGGCUCAAGCCUCGUCGUCUGCCUCUUCAUCUCUUCUCGGAAAUGAUGCGCGAAAGGAUGUAGAGGCCUCAUCAGAGGAGCCAGUUAGGUCUGAUCAGAAAUGGGAUAAACGGCUCUUCUCGUGGUGUCUGGCUCGGCCGAGAGGUCUUCGACGGAAGUUACGGAGAGGCCCUGCGAGCUUAGCUGUCGCAUUUCUUAAAUACAUCGUUAUAAUUAUAUGUAUACUUUUAAUAGGGACGCCUAUCAUCGCUCCGUCCUAUACGCGACUCCCUCAGCACUACCGAGACCUGGAAACUCGAUGCCAAGGACCUAUUCGAGAAGCGGGCUGUGCUAAUAUCAAUAAUGAGAAGAUAUUUAUCGCCGUCUCUUUAUAUGAUAAGGAGGGUCAUCUGGCUAAUGGUUUCUGGGGAGAGAGUCUGUUGGAGUUAAUACAUCUGCUCGGUGACAAUAAUGUCUUUCUGAGCAUUUACGAGAAUGAUAGCGGUCCGGAAGGUGCGGCGGCACUUGAAAGCCUAAGACGGCAGCUGAGGUGUAAGAAUUACAUCGUCAACGACCCUCACGUGCCUCUGUCGGACUUCCCGACCGUCACACUACCUGAUGAAACCAAGCGAGUGAAACGUCUAGCUUAUUUGUCUGAAAUGCGGAAUCGGGCCUUACGACCACUUGACCGAUUCGAUCCAAGCGUCGGGACAAUUCAAUACGACAAGAUUCUUUUCCUGAACGAUGUUUUAUUUCACGCGAUGGAAGCGGCGCAUCUCCUUUUCAGUACUAAUAUCGACUCUGAUGGACGAUCACAUUACUUAUCAGCAUGUGCCGUUGACUUUUGGACUCCAUUAAAAUUUUAUGACCUCUAUGUCACUCGUGAUUAUGAAGGUUAUUCUGCCGGAUUGCCCUUCUUUCCAGUAUUCCUCAAUGCUGGUGAAGGUGUAUCGAGGACUGCCAUACUGAAUCAAGAGGAUGCCGUUCCUGUCCAGGCUUGUUGGAGCGGAAUGGUAGCGAUGCAGGCGAAAUAUGUACAGAAUAUGAAUGAGACGUUGCCGAAUUCUCACUUUCAGGAUAUUAGCAGCUAUGUUAUUGACCCCGCGAAGCCACAUAACGUUACAGCACCAGUUCGGUUCCGUUACGAGCCUGAGCUCUUCUUCGACGCCUGUGAGUGCUGUCUGUUCCAUGCCGACGUGGCCCAGGUAGCAAGGAAAGCCGGAGAGAAAGAGUUGGGCAUAUAUAUGAAUCCUUACGUUCGAGUUGCAUAUACGGAGAACACUCUUUCCUGGCUGCCUUUGGUUCGAAGAUUCGAACGGUUAUUCAGCAUUCCACACGCCUUAUCAUCGCAUAUUUUGUCUCUACCAACACGUAACCCGCAUCGUACAGUCCAAGAAGGUGAUAUAUUCACUGAAGAAAUCUGGGUUGGGGAGGGAAACACUGGUCAUUGGCAAUUGGUACAGCGGGAGGGGCGCAAUGGGAUGUUUUGUGGAGUGAGAGAAAUGCAAGCUAUAAAGCUGGAUGAGCGUGAUGAAGAUAAGAACUGGGAGAAUAUCAAGAUCCCUGCUGGCCAGGUAAUGCAUUUCCCCACAUAG